AUGCCGGACUCAUACCGACCCAUCCGCCCAAUUUCAACCGAAAUUCACCCUCUCCUCUCCUCCUCCCCUUCGUCUUCUGCCAAUACGCGAUCCCAGAUUGGUCAAGCUUCAAAUUCACUAUGGACAGCUCUGACUUCAUCAACCAGGAAAGAUAGUCAGGCGGGAGAUCUACAGAGGGUGGGUGUAGCUAUUGAAUGGCCGGAAGAUAGGAGGUUGGGUAAAGGUAAACAGAGAAGUUUAGUGGUCUGGGUAGAAAAGUCAAGAAUCGAGGAAGAUUCGAACGAAAAGAGAUUAUACGUCCAUCCAUCUUUACUUCCUCCAUUCUCCAUUACACCCCUACCAGCUUUAGUCUACCUACACGAACCAUUCGAACUUUCCUUAGUUAUCUUACAGUCCGUUCUAGAUCAUCCGGAUGAUCCUCAGAUCAAUCAGGACAAUAUAGACUUAUCCUCACUCUAUGGUAACACCUCCAAUCAAAUCAACCAGAAUCAAGGCUCCUCCGACAACCAUCCUCCUUACCCACCUAUAAUCCGUGAAAAUGAAUUCUUACCAUUCUCAACAAAAUUCCGUGUAAUCCUCUGCGAACCUCUAUCUCAAGGUAUAAUCACUCCAUCAACUAGAAUAAUCUUAUCGACCGAACCAUAUAUCCUAUCUCAACAAGAUGAUGUAGACAUUGAUGGAUACGAGGUAGAAUCAAGUUUUUCAAAAACCCAUUUAAGUCUUGACAAUUUCGAUCCUGAUACAUUCCUGUCUUCGGACUUAUCACUACCUUCUGCGAUCGAUGGGGGUCGAAUUGAAGAUGAGAUGGUUCAUUCGAUAUCGUCAAGUACAUCAGGUAGUCUCACACCCCGUCCGGGUGAUAGACCUAUCUCACCUCCUACUGCACUGGAUGAACUGGUAGCGGAGGAAGUGGAGAGGGGAACAAAGUUCAGCGCUCUGAUGGCUCAGGGUGGGGAUGAGAGGGUAUGUUGGAUGGGAGUGGGUGGAUUAGGUAGAGCGGGCAUAUUCGAAGGUGAUUGGGUAUACCUAAAACCGACUAUUGACGGAGAAUCUAGCUCGAGUAACUCUUCGAAACAAGGUAGAUUGGUGAAAGCUUUAGCGUGGGAGAGACUAGACGAGUACGACGAUGAUCUCCCAUUCAAUCCCAUUCUUCUCUCUCCAUCACUCCACCGUUCCCUACUACCAUCAUCCUCAAGCGGUGGAAGUAUAACCGUCCAGCCUACAUCUUUCGGCGCUCGACUACCAACUUUACCAACCGCCAAGACCCUCACUCUGGCUCGUAUAGCUACAGCCGAAGGUACAGAUAAGCGAUACGAAAAAUCAUGGUUGAAAGGUCUCAAAUCGUACUUCUCGACCAAAGACAAGAGACAAUCGAAGGGAAAGUCAAAAGAUGAGGCUGAUGGUAUACUUGUGAAGACGGGUGAUAUAAUUUCGAUUCCUGUAUAUAUAUCAAAACCUCUAGGCGAUAAUGAGAACAUCGCACAAGAAGAAGACGACGAGGAAGAUGAUGAUAGUUGGAAUGAUAGAAACCCCAUUGCGAGCGGUGUAGUAUAUUUCACGAUCACCAAUUUAUCUUACGAUCCACUUGUUCCCCCCGAAGAAGAUUUCCGAUCGACUCUGUCGUCCAAAGCUAGAGCGGGCGAAUUGGGCUGUUGGUUUGAUGAGGGUACGAAGAUGGUAUUGACAGGAGUGGAGAAGGAGAGAGUACGAAAUAGGGAUGGUGAUUUGAUAUGGCACGGUUUAAAUCCAGCACCACCACCAUUUUCGUUCUUGAGUUCUGGGAAAUUACGCGACCUACUGAAAACUCCCUUUGUAUACCCCUCGUUAUCUGCCCUUGUCCAGCUUUCGAUAUUGAUCAAAGGGGCGAGAGGAAGUGGGAAAAGAAGUCUGAUUAAGAGUGUAGCUGAUGAACUGGGAUAUAACAUUGUCAAUGUCGAAUGUUACGAUAUCAUCGGAGAUUCACCUUCAGUGACUUCUGGCAGUCUCUUAGCGAGAUUGGAAAAAGCCAAACUGUGUUCACCGUCUUUAUUAGUUUUGAAUCAUAUCGAAGCUCUGGCAAAGAAAAGUGAAAGUAAUACACUUGGACGAUCGCCUCCUAUAGUCAAGGUCUUAGAGGAAGUCAUUCAAUCCGCUAAAGAGUCUUCGACGGAUUGGCCAGUGGUUGUAGUCGGUACGACGGUGGAUGCGGACAGUAUGCCCAACGAGGUGGUAGGAUCCUUUAAGCAGGAUGUGGAAAUACGAGCACCAAACGAAUCUGAACGGUAUGCAAUCAUAUCCCACAUCUUAUCGUCUCACAGCCUAUCGCCCGAUGUAGAUCUAAAAGACCUAGCUCGACAGACAGCUGCAUUACAAGUAGGAGAUAUCGAAGCUCUCUUACGUAGAUCAUACGAUCUAUCUCUCAAACGAAUCGAUACCUCAAAGUCGUCCUCAACAGGACCUGUCAAUUCUGCGAUUUUAGCCGGUUUGAAUAUUUCAUCGAAAGAUCUAAACGAAGCGAUCAACGAAGCUAGGAAUUCGUACUCUGACAGUAUUGGUGCGCCGAAGAUACCCAAUGUCACGUGGGAUGAUGUAGGUGGAUUGGCUAGUAUCAAGAAAGAUAUCUUGGAUACUGUUCAGUUGCCUUUGGAGAGAGGUGACCUGUUUGGAGAUGGUCUGAAGAAGAGGUCCGGUAUUCUUCUGUACGGUCCUCCAGGAACAGGUAAAACACUACUCGCCAAAGCAGUUGCCACAUCCUGUUCGCUCAACUUCCUGUCUGUCAAAGGUCCCGAAUUACUGAACAUGUAUAUCGGAGAAUCCGAAGCGAAUGUGCGAAGGUUAUUUCAGAAGGCUAGAGACGCCAGUCCUUGUAUUAUCUUCAUGGAUGAAUUGGAUUCGAUAGCUCCCAAAAGGGGUAAUCAGGGUGAUUCGGGUGGUGUCAUGGAUAGGAUCGUCAGUCAACUUUUAGCUGAAUUAGAUGGGAUGUCAACUGCAUCUGGUUCUUCCGAUCAGAACGGAUCAUCUAGUCAAGUAUUCGUGUUGGGUGCCACCAACCGGCCUGAUUUAUUGGAUUCAGCCUUACUUCGACCAGGUAGAUUCGAUAAGAUGUUAUAUCUCCAAAUCCCCCAAUCACACAAGGAACAAUUGGAUAUCAUCAAAUCCCUAACUAGGAAAUUCACUCUGGACCCAACUUUGAGGUUGGAAGAUGUGGUUGAAGGGUUGGAGUAUAAUUUGACGGGAGCGGAUUUGUACGCUCUUUGUUCGGAUGCUAUGCUUGGUGCGAUGAGUAGGACUGCGGAGAAGGUCGACCAAGAGGUGGAGAGAUUGAAUAGACUUCACAAUGGCAGUGGGACUCUUCAAUUGAAUGUCGAUACGAAGAAAUCUUGGAAAGGUGAAUUGACCGUGCAAUAUUAUCUAUCAAAGCUCGCCAGCCCAUCGGAGGUUCAAGUGAAAGUUGGUUUAGAAGAUUUCCAAGGAGCGUUGAAGAAAUUGGUUCCUAGUGUAAGUAAAGACGAGAUGGAUCAUUACGAGAGGGUACAAAGGCAAUUUAAAAGUUUCAACUUGGUGAAAACACAGGAGAAGGAGAAGGAUCUUAGAAAUGAACAAGGUAGGCAAGAUGGAUUGGAUCGUAAUGGAUUUCAUUUAGAUGAAAGCAAUGAUGAGGAUAUCUACGGUGAUAUGGGAUUAGAGAUGAAUGGUACUAUGGAAGGGCAAGUCAAAGGCAAAGGCAAAGAAGUUGAUAAUCUUGAUGAUAGGAAAGGAAAGGGGAAAGGAAAAGCUAAGCUAGUUGAUGGAGAUGAAGGAUUACUGUCCUGA